GCGGACCGCUUCGCGCCUGCCAGCUCAUCAGCGCCAGUCACAGGCGCCGUAGCCAUGCCUUCGCUCGCUCCUACAGUGAAGCUCAACGACGGCAGGAGCAUGCCGGCUUUCGGGCUCGGCACCUGGCAGGCAACUCCAGAACAAGUCGGGGAGGCGGUUAAACAUGCAAUCGAUGUCGGUUAUCGCCAUAUCGACACCGCAGCUGCAUACUGCAAUGAAUCAGGAGUGGGCGAUGCACUGCAGGAGAAAUUUAAGGAAGGCGCAGUCAAGCGGGAAGAUGUGUUCGUCACUAGCAAGUUGUUGAACACCUGUCAUAGCCCAGAAUUGGUUGUUCCAGCCUGCAAGAAGACAUUAACAGAUCUUAAGCUAGAUUAUGUUGACCUCUAUCUUGUGCACCGGCCAUUUUCAAACAGGGAAGGGGAUGACUUUUAUUUCUUAGAGAAUGGUACUGCAGUGAAUACUGACAUCGAUUAUAUGGACACAUGGAAACAAAUGGAAGAGUGUGUAAACUUAGGUCUGGCAAAAAGCAUUGGUGUCUCCAAUUUCAAUAGUAAGCAGCUCAGCAGAUUAAUUGAAGCAGCUACCAUUAAGCCAGUUAUAAAUCAGAUUGAAUGCCACCCUUACCUUAACCAGAAGAAACUAAUUCAUUUCUGCAAGGAAAUGGACAUAAUAGUAACUGCCUACUGUCCACUUGCAAAUCCAUCUAUGAUAAUGCCAGGAGGGGAAGUGCCAACAUUGGAUAACCCAAAGCUGAAGUUACUUGCUGCCAAGUACAAGAAGACAGUUGCUCAAGUUAUUCUUAGAUAUGUGUUUCAACUGGGUGCAGUACCAAUCCCAAAGCCCUUCAACAAGAAGUCAAUUGAGCAAAACAUCCAGAUAUUUGAUUUUAAGAUCAUCAGUAAUGACAUAACCUACAUAAAUACACUUAACAAGAACUAUAGGAUCUUUCCAUUUACUGAAUUAGCAGACUGCCACAAAGCACGAGCCUGCAGAGAAGAAGAAUCAUCACCUGAUGUCAUUCUAACAAAGCAAAAGCUUCUAAAUAUUACCCUUUUGAUGAUGAAUUCUGAGGCACCACAGAAGAUGUACCUGAACAGAAAAAAUUCUGCAAAGAAACUACAAAGUGCUACAGAUUUUUUUAAUGUUAUUUUACUGUUAACCUUUCUGUAGCAGCACCAUGUGCCACAUAACUGUGAUAUUUUUGUAAAUAUACUACUUCAAGAAAGCUGAUGAUAUGUUACUUCAUUAUAAAAAUGACCAGGUAGCGUAUUUCACUUUUUAGUGAUGUUACAGAAAAUUGUAAGUUGAUUGGGACAAAUGAGGACAACUGUCAACAAUGCAGAAAAGGUAUAGAUUGCCUCUAGACCUGUUUUUAUAAGAUUAUCUGCAAAUCAGAAAUCACACUAGCUUUGAAUGUGAGGAACAAUAUAUCAAACAGCUUCCAUUAAAUCUUAAAAUUCAACUGUGUUUGCAGCCAUGAUGGAAGCUGGGAUGUUCCUGUUAUGUUUCUUCCAUUUAAUUCCUUUAAAAUCUGAUGAUUAAUCUUUCAGUCUAUUGCUUAUUAGUUUUUGACGUGAUAAUAGAACAUCAUUGUAUGGGAUAUGUCACUGGGAAAAUCAUCAGUGUUAUUUGUUUUGUCUCCACGGUUCAUUUCUUAAACUGCAUUUACUUUAUAAGAGUCACAUUAAAUGCAAUAUUCAGGGUACUUUUUCUUAUACUGAAUAUUCAUCAGAUUCCACUGUCAGAACUAGCACAUGUUUUAGUAAUUUUUUUCAUGAAACUUCAUGCAUUUUUGAAAUUUACUUCAUUUCUAUGAGGGUUAUAUAUACUGUAGUGACUAGAAUAAUAUUUUGUAUGUUUUAUUGUGUAAACUGGUUCUUGGAAUUAGUAGUAGAUCAUUAAUCUUGUACAUGGAAAAUAUUGCAUUUUUUGGUUUCAUGACAUGUACAACUUUAUACUUCUCUACAUUAAGUGUUUGUCCCUAUAGCUUGCAUGAAUACCAGACACAAUAGAAGUACAAUAAAAAUUUCUCCAUGGUUAACUAAUAAGAUGGUAUUCUUGAGAUGUAUUAUGACUUGUAAUUUAUUUCAAAAGGCCAAUAAUGAAUCAGACACUAGCUACUCAGAAAUUGCAGCAGUGUAUCUAGAAGGAAUAAAAUAACAGUCAAAUGGCUACAGCAUUAUCAUUUAGAUAACAUUUACUUGGUAACUCUCAGCUUAAUAUGUCAGCAACAGCAACAGUGGUCACAUUACAGACUUUCAUACUACUGUAGACCUUGGGUGUGAAACUAGCAGUCCACAGGCUGUCUGUGGUAUGUGGUGAAUAUUUUUGCAG